GGAGGGGGUGGGGCUGGCGCUGCAGCCGGAUCCGGAUGCGGCGCUGUGACCGGCCGGGAGACUGACGCGCCUGGAGGGGAGUGUGGAUCGCUUCGGUGUGGAGCAACUGCUCCCCAUUUGUAUCCAAUCUCAUUCAGAGGCUGGGAAGCCAAACUUGAAAUCGUCAAGUUCAGUUGGGUGAAAAAGAACACAACAAAAACCUCGAUACUAUUAUAAAUGAAGUUUGGUGUAUGGCUUUUGUGAUGUCACUUGGGGAAGUGUGGCAGUCUUUUUUUCUUGUGUCGUCAUUCUUCGUUGACUAGAGGUUUGCUGCACUACAGCCAAGGCAAUCCUCACGCCUUGUCCUUGAAUGCUAAUUUAGCAGGUGUCAUUGUGAUAGCCCUGCUGGCCUUGAAUUCCAUUGUUCAUGACCCAGCCUUCCUAGCACCGGAUCACAGAUUUUACUGGAAAGAUGAAACCCGAUGAAACGCCUAUGUUUGACCCAAGUCUGCUUGAAGAAGUGGACUGGAGUCAGAAUACAGCCACAUUUUCUCCAGCCAUUUCUCCAAAGAAUCCUGGAGAAGGCUUGGUUUUGAGGCCUCUUUGUACUGCAGACUUGAAUAAAGGUUUUUUUAAGGUACUGGGUCAGUUGACAGAGACUGGCGUCGUCAGCCCUGAGCAGUUCAUGAAAUCUUUUGAGCAUAUGAAGAAGUCUGGGGAUUACUAUGUUACAGUUGUGGAAGAUGUCACCCUAGGACAAAUUGUUGCAACAGCAACUCUGAUAAUAGAACAUAAAUUUAUCCAUUCAUGUGCUAAGAGAGGGAGAGUAGAAGACGUCGUUGUUAGUGAUGCAUGCAGAGGGAAGCAGCUCGGCAAACUGUUAUUAUCAACUCUGACUUUGCUAAGCAAGAAGCUGAACUGUUACAAGAUCACCCUUGAAUGUCUACCACAAAACGUUGGCUUCUACCAAAAGUUUGGUUAUACAGUGUCUGAAGAAAAUUACAUGUGUCGGAGCUGCCAUGAAUGGGAAAGACAAAGAAUAUCCAGCACUCAAGACUCUAGAAACUUAUCUUCCUAAUUAAAAAAAAAUAAAAUCCUUGAGUAAGUCUCAGCUA